AUGCCACAAACUACGUCGGCUAGCAACGAGAGCUGCGAAACGCUCCCCCAAUCAAGAUCUACUUCUGAGCGAGCCAAAAAGAACCUCAACCGGGCAAUCAAAGCGAGCAAAGCGAAAUUGUGGCAAGAGAUCUGUAACGACCUUGAUGAUGACAUCUGGUGUAACGCCUACCAAAUUGUCACUGAACGACUUGGAAAGGCUUCACCAGAAGGGCUGAAGUCACCUGCUUUAAUGAGCAGCAUCGUAGCGGAG